AUGCAGAAGGCAAAGACCGCCCUUGGCAGCUUUGCCGCCACCGUCCGAAACACCUUUGGAUGCGCGAAUGCCAGCGGCAAUGUCAUUGGCAAUGACGACAAGACGGACUUUAUGGCGGGCACCGCCAAGGACGGCUGCUCAUCGGGGUCUGAACAAUCGGCCUUCGUAGAAAUUGACCUCCUGCGCAACGGCCUCAACAGGCAGCGCAAGUUUCCUGACAACUCGAUCCGCACGGCAAAGUACACGCUUCUCACCAGCUUGCCCCUCAGCCUUCUCUACCAGUUCCACAAGAUCUCGAACUUGUACUUCUUGCUCGUCAUGAUCAUCACGCUUGUGCCAGGGGCAAGCCCGACCAACCCCUUCAGCAGCAUUGUACCUCUGUGCAUCGUACUCGGCGCUGGCAUCCUCAAAGACAUCUGGGAGGAUUACAAGCGACGCAAAGCAGAUCAGAAAGCAAACGAAGUGAUCGUCUACGUUCUGCGAGCACGCACGGAGCUGCCAAGCAACGGUGUUACCAGCCACGGCAGCGCAGCCACUAGCAGCAGCGACGGCGGUGCCGCAGAGGCACAUCGCGUGAAGGACACCGCAAAGAAGGGGAAAGUGUACGGUGCUCACAAUUGCCAGCAGAAGCUUCUCCGCUGGCGGCAGCGUGUUGCGCACGUCUUUUCGCGACCAGACAGUCGAACUGGGGACACCAUGGUCAGCCGCAGCAACAGGUCACACGGUGGUGACGGAAUGGACGUGCUGGACGAGGUAGAGAUGUCCACCGACGGCCGAGGCUGCGGCACAUCGAAAGCGGCCCCGACCGCAUCAAACCUCCGCUACGCUCCGCUGCAGUCUCGAGGGUCAACGACUCCCGUCGCUGCAGCGGAGCCAGUCGUCACGUUCCAUCCAGUGCGCAGCUGUGAUGUGUACCCUGGCGACGUUAUGCUCUUCCGCCUUGGGGAAGAAGUGAAGGCGGACUGCCUUAUUUUGAACACGUCGCUGCCGGACGGGCUGGCGUACGUCGAGACAUCCAACCUCGACGGCGAGACAAACGCCAAGACGCGCCGCGCUAAGAUCCAGACAGUGGAGGCAUUGGGGACAGUGGAGGAUGUCGUGGAGCAAGCCCUCGGCGUCUCGGCAAGCGACGCGGCAGCCGUGCAGGCGCGCAUGAGCAGUACCGCUACCGGGCCACCAGAUGCCUGGGGUGGGUCAGGCGAAACCACAGCGCCAACCAAGGUGUACGUGGACUGCUGUGACGCGCUCGGCGGCGGAAACACUGCUAGAGUCACGGAUCGGUUGAUGAACACAUCAAUAGAAGAGGCAGCGGUGACGGACCCCAGGCACCUCAAUGUCCCACUGACCACCACCUCGUCCGCCGCUCUUGUCAAGGGUGCGGAGCAGCCGGCUCUCUCCGCGAAGGCCGCGGCUCGCAACGGCGAUGUCAUGACCUUCCCCACCGCCAUCUUAGAGUCAAUCCCCUCACUUGAGGACUUGAGCAACUCCUCGCCACCGCACCAGCAUGGCUUGCAGACGUCGGUGUACCAACCGUACGAAGAGCGAGAAGCGACCGAGCACUACUUAGCCGGAGCGGCAAGGGAGAGAAGUGCCGCACGCCUCUACAAGCAUCAUGUCCGCUGCUUCUCUGAUCCACAGCAGCACUUCCGGCACUUUGUCAGUCCCCGCACCGGUGGCAUCCAGCUCUCUCGCAGCCACGCGUACUUGGGUGUCGCGGAGUCGGAAACCCUCCACAACAGGGCUGACCAUGUCACGCCAGACAUCACACCAAAACGCAUUCUGCACCAACGACUCAUGACCCUGAAUGACCGACUCGCCGAAGAAGGGCAGCUGCCGAUGCCACCCCAGCUUCAACAGCUCUCUGAGCAGUACGAGCGCACCGUGCACAGUCGUACGAACAGCGCAGGUGUGCAUUUAUUGCCUCUGGUAUGCACGAGCGCUCUGCAUGAGUCCUCCUCGCACGUGUGGCCUAACGACGCGGCAAAUCGCACGGGCGAGAACGAGUCUGUGUUCGCCAAGGACGCCACCAGCCAUCAUCAUCACAUCAGCGGUGAGUUGCAACAAAAAAGCGCGUCUGACCCGCAACCACGCGAGGGAGCAGGAGCCGGUCCCUGUAGUCAGUCGUGUGGCUGCUCGGCGCUCGACAGGCCUCUAGUGGUUCAUGACGAGCCGCUCCACGGUAGCGGUAGCGCCACUGCCGCAGCCCCAGGCAGCCCGCCGGCUUCCGGCGUGGUGCUCGUCUCCUGCCCCCCUACCCCGGACCUUUCGAUAUGGUUUGGCCAACUGCGUCUGCCAACGGGUGAGAUGGUGCCGCUUGGCAUCGACCAGUUCAUCCCACGUGGGUGUGUCAUCCGCAACACGGACUGGGUUCUUGGUGCGGCAGUGUACACAGGCUGCCACACAAAGAUGCUGCUGAACCUUCGGCCAAAGCCACACAAGAUCACUAGCACGACACGUCGCUUGAACCACCUGAACGUGUUUUUCGUUAUACUGAACCAGGUGUUGAUGUUACUGCUCUGCGGGCUGGCCAUCUGGAGUAAGCACCGCCUGCUGCGCAAGGUGCCUGGUGCGAAGUCAGAUCACUCAACCUGGUACAUCCAGUGGAACCUGGAGCGCUACUCGGACUCCUUUCUCUUUUGGUGGCGCUACCUGACAAAUUUUGUGCUGGUGAGCUACCUCAUUCCCAUGUCGCUCUACGUCACCCUGGAGUUCAACAAGGCCAUGCAGAUGCUCCAGAUCGCGGCGGACAAACGCAUGGCUGUCUUCGACGAGUUCACCGGCGCCAUCAAAAAAGCGCGGCCCAAGACCUCCGAACUGAACUCCCAACUCGGCCACGUGCGCUACAUCUUCACAGACAAGACGGGAACGUUGACGGAGAACCUCAUGACGUACGUUGGCGGUAUCGUGAACGGGCACACGCACAACGAGACGGAAAAGCCUGGAGGCAUCGGCCUUGCACUUCUUCGUCGUAGAGCUGCACACGUCCCAACCAGCGUCCUUCCUAGCGCCAUGGACCCAGGCGGUGAGCCGUCGUUGCGCCAUGACCACCACCACCACAUCAACUUUUCCCUCGACAAAGAGGCACAAACUCUCGACGCUGACAUCGAAGACAAUUCGGUGGGUAUGCAAGGCGUCAGCUCCCUCACCUCUGCGGAGCCUGCCGCAGACAAGAGCAGCUCUGGUGCGAAUGGCGGCAGUGACUACAACACCCCCGCUCACCCCCUCCAGGGCGUGGCAGCGAUGAUGGCGAGUCACUUAGUUGUUGCCGACGGUGACAAGGCGGCGACGCGGCACCGCGACAAUCAGGGACCCGCACAGACAACCGCAGCCGUCAGUAACUCUGUCGCACAGGGUGCCAUCUCGUAUAUCUUACCGCGUGUCCUUAGCGACGGCGGUGCGACGCAACCCUGUGCAGAUGACGAAAGUGCUAGGGCUGCGUUGCGUCACGCCAUACAGGACGCGCACCAGCACACCACCUCCUCCCGCAGCGUCCCCCUCUUCGCCGACGGCGCUCUCGGCAACGGUGGCGUUGGUAGCGCGGCACCUGGAGCGGAUGGUAGUGGACCUGGCGGUUUCGGCUGCUCGCCCGGGCUGCGUAACGUCAGCGAAGCCGUGCUGGAGCGCGACCCGCUUUUUUGCUACCUGCGCGCCCUCGCCCUGUGCCACUCUGUCGUGUGCUUCCCAGUGGACGCAGGCAGUGAUGGUAAUGGUAGGGAAGCGAAGCAGGAUAACGGUGCACCACAGGACACGAAAAAACGCAAGCGCCGUCACCGCCACCACCACAACCAGGAGGGAGACAGCGCAGGCAAGCGUAUGCCGAAGCGACGUCGUCGUAGCAGCGCUUCCACCGUCGGCCCCGUUCCCUCGGCAGUGCAUCAUCAGCGCAGCCGCGAGGCUGCCCAUCCGGAACCAGAGGUGCUCCCUCUCUCCACCGUGUUGUCCCUCACCGAGAUUUCAGGAGGUAACUUCGUUGAGAUCCCCUACGCUGUUCCCGCCGGCCCCGGGACAUGUGAAGGCUGUGAAUCGUGCACAGUUGGUGGUGCCAACAGCAGCAGGGGUCACAACCUGCCGGCUCACGGCCACGUCACCUGCGCCAGCGCUGCACCCUUGAUGAAGGCGGCGAGUACGGAUGGUAGAAGCCAUUAUCAGCACUAUCGUCAUCAGACAAGCGCGACCAGCAUGGCCCUGCUGCACGGCCGCACGAGUAGCGCGAGUUGGUACCAGAACCGUUACCUCAAUCGCACUCUACAUAGUCGCAACUUCAGUGCCCAGACGAUCAACGAUGGCACAGGGCGCGGACGGCAGCUGAACCGGGGGCCCUCGAGCGGCAGCGCUAGUGGGUGUCUGGGACAGGCAGCAGCCUCGAUAGGGAUCACCGAUCUCGAGCAGUUUAUUGACCGCAGCAAAAUUUACGAGGGUCAGUCGCUGGACGAGAUCGGCUUAGUGAACGCAGCACGUGAGAACGGGUUCUCACUCUUCGAGCGGACGACGAGGCAGAUGUAUGUGAAGGCGCUCGGCCGCGUCCUGUGCUACGACAUCGUCGCAGAGCUCGAGUUCACGCCGCAGCGCAAGCUGAUGAGCAUUUUACUGCAACGACGGCCUGACCUGGACGCCGAGGCCGUGACAACAUCUCUGGCUGCGGGCACAAGCGCGCACUACCACCGCAGAGCACCAGAGAACGCCGCUGCCAGCGCAGUAACAGCAGUAGGAGGGGGCAAGUCGUCCAAGCCGUUCGCGGACAUCGCCUCACGUGUAUUGCCUGAUGGGGGCGCCGCAUCGCAGUCCAACAAGGAUGCGCAGUUGCCCCGAGUGCAGACGAGAUCGCCCUUCACCUCUUUCAUGGCGACUGAUGUGCCGCCACCGCUGCUGGGCCAAUCCACUGCCCUGUCCAGUAGGGCUACGCUCCCGGGUAAAGCAGAAAAGCAGCAGGAGACGGAAGGUGGCAACAAGAGCACCGACGCAGCAGUCACGAGAGUACUUCUGCCACGCAGCGCCCCGUUGCGCCCGCCGUCCAGCGGCGCUCAGCACCUGCUUCAAUCAUCUUUAGGCGAGAUGUCGCUCUACCACGACUGUCUCGGGAGCAGCACGGAUUUGGGGUUCGGUGCGACAGCAGGCGUACUGUCCUCGAAACCAGGGAAGUAUCUGCUGCUCGUCAAAGGUGCGGAUAGCAGCAUGUUAGAGAUCGUAAACAUGCAGAAGCGCGCUAACGUGCGGGCGAAGGAUAAGAUGCAGAAGGAGCUGGACGCGAUGUCUCAGCUAGGUCUGCGCACCCUCAUCCUAGGCCAGCGCUACCUGAGCGAGGAAGAGGUGCGUGAGUGGCUGCCGAUCUUCAACAAUGCUCAGUGUGCGAUGCAGGACCGCAACGAGAAGCUGCACGAAGCAUACGCGCUCUUGGAGAGGGACGUCGACAUCGUUGGCGCCACCGCGGUGGAGGACAAGCUGCAGGAGGAGGUGCCGCAGACACUGGAGUUUUGCAUUCAGGCAUCCAUUGUGGUGUGGAUGCUGACAGGCGACAAGCGGGAGACGGCCGUCACCAUUGCCCAAACAAGCGGUCUUAUCAGCAUUGGCUGCGCUGACUAUGUGUGCCACCUCGACCUGUCUGACAUUCUGGAGGAAGAGGCGUUGAUGCUGCAGCAGCAGAGGUAUAAAGAGCAGCGUCAACUCAAGACCAACGAUGGCAGUCUCGGUGAGCCAUCGCCGCUGUCAGAGAGCUCGUCAGAUGCGGAAAAUGCCUUGCAGUUGUCAGAGGUCAGCAUGACAACCCGGGCCUACCUGAGCGCGUCGUCCGACACGCAGUCGCCGCCGCAGCAGAACACGUGCCCAACGCAGGUGGGCAACACCAACCGCACCUUCUCCACUGGAAGUCCGCGGUACGAAACGGUGGGCACAAGUGCAGGCAAUAGACACAGAGGCGCUGAGUCGAGCACCACAGUCGACGCGGCGCAGAGAUUCCUAAUGCGCAAAUGCACCCGCAUCGAGGAGCAGCUCAGGACGGCCGAGGAUAAGUGCAACGAAGGGCAGGAGGUGUUUAACGCUCACGUCGUCGUCAUUGUGGUGGACGGUAAGACCCUGGACUUCAUUUUUGAGGACAGCGACCGUGCGCGCCGCUUCUUCCUCCUUGGUAGUCGCUGCCGCAGCGCCGUGUGCUGUCGCAUGACCCCACUCCAGAAGGCGAAGGUUGUGCGGAUGUUCAAGCGCAACACCAACGCUGUGGUGCUCGCCAUCGGUGACGGCGCCAAUGACGUGUCCAUGAUCCAGGAGAGCAGCAUCGGCGUCGGCAUCAUGGGCUUGGAAGGGUCGCAGGCGGAGCUGGCGAGCGAUUACGCCAUCCCAAAGUUCCGCUUCUUGAAGCGGCUACUCUUCGUCCACGGCCGCUUCUCCGUCUUCCGCGAGGCGCACUGCAUCGUCUUCUCGCUGUACAAGAAUGUGAUCGUGACGGUGGGGAUGGUGAGCUACCAAUUCUUUGUUGGCUUCUCAGGUCAGACGCUGAUAGACUCAUGGCUGCUGGCUCUGUUCAGCGUCUUCUUCUGCUCUCUGCAACCACUGAUGAUUGGCAUUCUGGAUAAGGACGUCGAAGAUGAGCUGGCCGAGUCCCUGCCGAAGCUCUACCCGCCACUGUCGCGCGAAUUUAUGUACUUCUCCUUCCCGUACAUCUUCAAGUGGCUGGCCGACGGUCUCAUCGAGGGCCUCCUCUUCUUCUUCGUCCUCAUGUACACGGUCGGCGUGCAGGACAACCUGUACACGUACAUGACCGCCGCCAUCGAGGAUUACGGCGCCACCUUCUUCACGAUGCUCGUCCUUGUCGCCGACCUCCGCGCCGGCACGCUGGUGACGUACUACAUGAUUCCCUUCGCGCUCGUCAUUGGGCUGGGGCUCAUCCUCCUGCCGGCCAUCGAGUUCUUGUACUCCUCCUUAAACGACCUCGCCGGCAGCAACGGGUUUGUAAGGGUGGCGCAUGAGCUGUACAGCACGUCUAGUAAGUUCUGGCUGAUGCUCUUCUUCGCCUGCGGAGUGCUCAUCCUCUUCACCAUGGCGUUGAACAUGUACAUACAACUGUUCGCGCCGUGGCAGAAUGCCGGCUUCGCCAUGCGCGCUGCCAGAAGAUCGCAUCAUCGCAUCCCGUACACGUGCACCAAGGAGAGCCUGAAGGCAGAGUACGCGCGCCUGCUUGCCCGGUACGAGGAACUGACCAAGGCGCAGCAACAGCCAAAGGAGGCGGCUGUGGAGGGCAGCAGCGCCAAAGGCACGGCCCCAACGGUGACAACGGCACCAGCUGCUGCUGCUGUCCCAACUGCCGGAAAAGCUAGGGUGACUGUAGCACGGUGA